AUCAGGUAUCAGAUUUCCCCGACCUCAUUUGACACGCCCACAAACUUAGUGCGGAAGAGGGUGAAUUUGAACCGGAAUCAUGGCAGAGACGGACGAGGCCGACGUUCAAACAAAGAAAAGCAAAACCCUCAUCGUACGGCAUCUGCCCAGAGAACUCAACAGAGAUGAGAAAGAGGAUCUUCUGAAAUAUUUUGGUGCCUCUUCCGUAAGAGUUCUGUCAGAGAAGGGACCACUUAAGCAUAUGGCAUUUGCAACUUUCAGCAGUCAGACCUCAGCCUCUAAGGCGCUGAACAGACUUCAUCAGCUGAGAAUCCUUGGUCACACACUUGUGGUUGAGUUUGCUAAAGAUCAGGACAGUGUCAGUGUUUUGAAAGACCCACCUGUGUCUGACAGUGGUGCGGCUGCUAAAGCUGAAAAGGGGAAGAAAGAAAAACAACAGCACAAUGUUCCUAUGAUGGACAACAGCAUUGCUCCCAGUCUGGGGUUGAAAUUUCAAACAAAUCCAACGCUGAAAUAUUUAUACCCUCCUCCUUCAAGUGGAAUUUUGACAAACAUUUCACACACACUUUUGAGCGUACCCAAGUUCUACGUUCAAGUUCUUCACUUGAUGAAUAAGAUGAACCUCCCCAGCCCAUUUGGGCCGGUGACCGCUCGUCCGCCAAUGUUUGAGAUGCACCCAGGCCCACUGCCGCCCAUGCCCCCACCCUUCCCCCCACAGAACCCUCCUCUGCCGGAGCACGAGGAGGGGGCGUCGGGCAGUGAAGAAGAAUCCGAGUAUGAGAGUGGAGAUGAGGAAGAUAAAGAGAGGAUGAUCAGACUGAUGGGCCUUGUUAAUCAGCCAUGCAAAAGACCGCUGAGAGCAAAGACUUCUUCCAAGAGAAAGAAACCCAAACUAAAAGAUUUCCUGUUAAUUCCCAAACCGGAUUCCCACGGACACUCAGGCCCAGUCCUGCAGCCAGCAGACGUGUUUGAGCAACCUCAGACGCUAGGACAGAAAAAAAUUGAGUUCCAUAUAUCGGCUGAGGUGUCCACCAUCCUCGAGGGGCCCGGACCGAAUCAAGAGCAGCAAAUCGCAGAUGCGACUGAAGACACGGCAGACGAGGAGGUUUCCGCUCAGGAAGCCUCAGAAGGGUUCGGGAAGAUCUACCCAAGCGCUCAGGUCCCCAGACAGCAGGAAGAGAAUGAGGAAGAUGAGGACAUCCCCUCAGAGUUCAUCUCUAGGAGAGAGCUAGAGAGAGCAAGACUCUCCAGAGACGAGAUAAAGAAAAUGUCUGUGUUUAAAAAUUACGAACCCGGAGAACCAACCUGCAGACUUUACGUUAAGAAUAUUGCAAAGCAAGUCAAAGAAAAAGAUUUGAAGUUCAUCUAUGGGCGGUAUAUCGACAUCUCCUCAGAGGAAGAGAGAAACAUGUUUGAUAUUGUUUUGUUGAGAGAGGGGAGGAUGAAAGGUCAGGCCUUCAUCGAACUCCCCAGUGAGAGAAGCGCGGAGAAGGCCUUAAAGGAAACCAAUGGAUAUAUACUCAACGACAGACCUCUUGUGGUGCAAUUCGCCAGAUCUGCAAAACCUAAACCGGAAUCUGCUGACGCAAAGAAAGGAGGGAAAAAACACUAAACUGAUGAUGUUGAUGUUGCAUCAAAUUACCUCAAUCAUGAGCCUACAAGAGCUCCAUCUUUACUUCAUAUCCUUUAAAAUAUCCUUUAAAAGAGUUAUUUUAUCAAAAAAUAUAUAGGUAAUAAUAACUGAAUUCUGAAAUGUCAAGUAAUGUUUUUCUGCUUCAGCACUGUCCUAACCAAAAAAUAUUCACAUAUUUUCCCUUUUAUUUUAUUGCAGACUGCCGCUGUUGAGUCCUCUUGGGCUGAAGUUCAUCAUCAUCUCUUGUAAUAUAUCUUUUUUUUUAGGAACUGAUUUUGUUGAAAUGUCUUGCAAUACAGUCAAAUAAAAUGAAAUAAUACUGCCA